AGGACACCCGGACGCGACAGUCGGCCCUUCGUUCCAGAAGCAUUCCCAUAUCUGCACAGCAAAGAAAUCAGCUCAUUGAACUAUUAGCUCGUCUGUAGAUGAAGAGUGACUUCAAAUUUUCCAAUUUGCUGGGUACAGUGUACAGCCGUGGCAAUCUGCUCUUCACGCCCGAUGGCAACAGCCUCCUCACGCCUGUAGGCAACAGAGUGACGCAUUUCGAUCUGGUCAACAACACGACAUUCACAUUUCCUUUUGAGACAAGGAAAAAUAUCGCUAGACUGGCAUUAUCGCCACAAGCGACGCUUCUUAUCGCAAUUGACGAAGAUGGACAUGCAGUACUCGUCAAUUUUAUCCGCAAGACCGUUUUGCAUCACUUCAACUUCAAAGAGCGUGUUCGCGAUAUUCAAUUUGCGCCAGAUGGCCGGCAUUUCGUGGUGGCUGUUGGACGGCUGUUGCAAGCUUGGCGUACUCCUCGCUUCUCAGAUGACCGUGACUUUGCUCCCUUUGUUCGGCAUCGUGUCUAUACAGGACACUAUGAUGAGAUCACAGCCAUCACUUGGGCGAAAGACUCGCGCUUCUUCUUGACUGCAUCUCAAGACUUGAGCGCGCGGAUAUACAGUCUCGAUCCUGAAGAGGGUUUCACGGCAACAGUAUUGAGUGGACAUCGCGACCAUGUCGUUGGCUCAUUCUUCUCGGCAGAUCAAGAGACCAUCUACACAGUCUCAAGAGAUGGUGCACUAUUUGUGUGGCAAUAUAGGCCGCUCUACAAGGUGAAUGAAGAGUUGCCUGAUGUCGAGGAAGACACGAGUAAUAUUGACGAUGAUCGGAAACAUCGAUGGAUCAUUGUUGAUCGGUACUACUUUCAUCAGACUCCUGCAAAGCUCAAAUGCUGUACAUUCCAUGCACGCAAUAAUUUGUUGGUUGCUGGAUUUUCCAAUGGACUCUCUGGCAUCUACGAUCUCUCCAAUGGCGGUUUUGCCAUGAUUCACAAUUUGUCCAUAUCGCAAAACGCUAUCGACAAUGUCACCAUCAACGAGUCUGGCGAAUGGUUGGCCUUUGGCGCUUCAAAGCUCGGCCAGCUGCUUGUCUGGGAAUGGCAAUCCGAAUCCUAUAUUCUCAAGCAGCAAGGGCACUUCGAUGCAAUGAACGCUGUGACGUACUCGCCGGAUGGCCAACGAGUCGUCACUGCUUCAGAAGAUGGCAAAAUCAAAGUCUGGGACAUUCGGUCUGGUUUCUGUCUCGUCACCUUUGCAGACCAUACUUCAGCCAUCACUGAUAUACACUUUGCAAAGAAGGGCAACGUCUUGUUCUCCUCUAGUCUAGAUGGCUCCAUCCGUGCAUGGGACCUUGUCCGAUAUCGCAACUUUCGCACAUUCACAGCACCGGAGCGUGUGCAAUUCAGCUGUCUGGCUGUAGACCCUGCUGGCGAGAUUUGCUGUGCUGGUUCAACGGAUUCCUUUGACAUUUACAUGUGGUCUGUACAAACUGGACAACUCAUUGAUACGCUGUCUGCACAUGAGGGACCUGUUUGCUCAUUACAUUUUUCUGGUGAGGGUGGUGUGCUUGCUUCUGGCUCUUGGGAUAAGACUGUACGCAUCUGGAAUGUCUUUAGCCGCAAAGUGACGGUUGAACCAUUGACGCUACAAACGGAGAUCCAAACACUGGCCUUUCGUCCAGAUGGAAAGGAAAUUGCCGUGGCUACGCUUGAUGGUCAAGUAUCCUUCUGGGAUGUGACUGAAGCAGAUCAAAAGACAGUCAUUGAUGGACGACGUGAUAUCUCUGGCGGCAGGAAACCCGAUGAUCGCAUGACGGCAGCCAACAAUGCCAACUCAAAAAGUUUUCGCAGUUUGUGCUAUUCCUCUGAUGGAUCAGCCGUGUUGGCCGCUGGUAAUAGCAAGUAUAUCUGCAUCUAUGAUGUCGACUCGGGUGCACUCAUCAAGAAAUUCAGCAUUUCGAGUAAUACGUCUUUGGUGGGAACGCAAGAAAAGCUCAACUCGCGCAACUUGACGGAAGCUGGACCGGCAGAGCUAUUGGAUGAGCGGGGUGACUUGUCGGAUGACGAGGACAGACGACAGGAAACACUACCUGGGGCAUCUCGCGGUGACUUGUCUAUGCGCAAAGUACGGCCUGAGGUACGGACACGCGCUAUUCAAUUCUCGCCGACGGGAAGGGCAUUUGCUGCUGCAUCGACGGAAGGAUUGUUGAUUUACGCAUUGGAUGAUGCAUUUGCAUUCGAUCCGUUUGAUUUGGACAUUGAGGUCACGCCAGCCACGACGCGCGAGGCUCUCGAAAAGUCGGAGUACCUCAAGGCACUUGUCAUGGCAUUCAGGCUCAAUGAGACGUAUCUGCUACAAACUGUGUUUGAGGGUAUUCCACACAAGGACAUUGAGCUGGUAGCACGCGACUUGCCCGUGGUCUACUUGACGCGCAUGCUCAAAUUCUUGGGCAGCGCCGACGAGUCACCGCAUCUCGAGUUUCGUUUGCGUUGGAUCGAAGCACUCUUGACGAGUCAUGGACGUGUAGUGCGGCAGCAAUCGAGUUCGUUUGCAGCAGAACUACGCAGCCUCGCCAAGACUGUUGUACGCAUUGAGAAGGAUUUGGUGGAAGUGGCAGACAUGAACAAGUAUGCACUCGACUACAUCUUGAGUCGGCGAAGUAUUGCCAAGACGGAAGACACGGAAAUGGAGGAGGCAUUUACUGGUUUUGAUUAGAUGCUGGAGCAUGUCCCAAGUAGCGCAACACAUAGCCUGCAUCAACACUACCUUCUGCUGGUUUCCGUUCCUUGCCGUACUCUGCGAGUUGCUGCUUUACUUUGGUGACGAGCUCAGAACGCUGCUGGACAGAAGGCACGGCUGCUCCACGUUUCCGCUUGACGCCAAUGGAGACAUCCACCUUGUUGCCUUUUUUGAGAGCCUGUAAGCCAGAAUC